AUGUUAGCCCCACUUCCCAGUGCUCUCCUGUCAGUUCCUCCCACUCUGCUCUGCUCUACACCACACCAACCCACACCGCUCUACACAACCCCAACCUACACCACCCCACCCCACACCAACCUACACCACACCAUUCUACACCACACCACACCAGCCUACACCACACUACUCCAACCUACACCACACCAACCUACACCACACCACACCAACCCAUACCACUCUACACCACACCAACCUACACCACUCCAUACCACACCAACCCAUACCACUCUACACUACACCAACCUACACCACACCACUCUAAACCACACCAUCCUACACCACUUUACACCACACCAUUCUACACCACACCAACCCACACCAUUAUACAGAACUCUACACCACACCACUUUAUACCACACCACACCAACCCACACAGCACCAACCCACAUCACUCUAUACCACAUCACACCAACCCACACCAUUCUACACUACACCAACACCACUCUAUACCACACCAACCCCCACCAUUCUACACUACACCAACCCACACCACUCUACACUAUACCAGCCCACACCACACCAUUCUACACUACACCAACCCAACCCACACCACACCAACCCACAUCACUCAACACCAUACCAACCCGCACCGCACCAAACCACACCACUCUACACCAUACCAACCCACACCACUCUACACCAUACCAACCCACACCACUCUGCACCACACCACCACACCACAUUGAUCUACACCAGACCAACCCACACCACUCUGCACCACACCACCACACCACAUUGAUCUACACCAGACCAACCCACACCACUCUGCACCAGACCAACCCACACCACUCUGCACCACACCACCACACCACAUUGAUCUACACCACACCACUCUACACCAUACCAACCCACACCACUCUACACCGUACCAACCCACACCACUCUACACCAUACCAACCCACACCACACCACUCUACACCAGACCAACCCACACCACUCUGCACCACACCACCACACCACAUUGAUCUACACCAGACCAACCCACACCACUCUGCACCACACCACCACACCACAUUGAUCUACACCAGACCAACCCACACCACUCUGCACCACACCACCACACCACAUUGA